ACUGGGCGGGACGGCUGGUUUCCGGUCGGGGCCUAGCAGCAGUCGUAGGAGCCGAGAUGAGCUGGGAGCUGGUGCUCUGGUUGAUGGCGCUAUGCGCGCUGCUUCUGCCCCUCGUGCAGCUACUGCGUUUCCUGCGGGCGGAUGCUGACCUGACGCUGCUCUGGGCCGAGUGGCAGGGGCGUCGCCCAGAAUGGGAGCUGACUGACAUGGUGGUGUGGGUGACUGGAGCAUCAAGUGGCAUUGGUGAGGAGCUGGCUCUCCAGUUGUCUAAACUAGGAGUCUAUCUGGUGCUGUCAGCCCGAAGGGUGCAGGAGCUGGAGCGUGUGAAGAGGAGAUGCCUGGAGAAUGGCAAUUUAAAAGAAAAAGAUAUCCUAGUUUUACCUCUUGACUUGAGAGACAGAAGUUCCCAUGAGGUGGCCACAAAAACUGUUCUCCAGGAGUUUGGUAAAAUUGACAUUCUGGUCAACAAUGGUGGAAGAUCCCAGCGAUCGUUGGCUCUCGAAACCAGCCUGGAUGUCAUCAAGGAGCUAAUGGAGCUGAACUACUUAGGGACGGUGUCCUUGACCAAGUGUGUUCUACCUCACAUGAUGGAGAGGAAGCAAGGGAAGAUUGUUAUUGUGAACAGCCUUGCAGGAAUUAUGUCUGUACCCCUUUCCAGUGGAUACUGUGGCAGCAAACAUGCUUUGCGGGGUUUUUUUAAUAGCCUCUGUACUGAGCUUGUCGACUAUCCAGGCAUAACGCUAUGCAAUAUCUACCCAGGACCCGUGCAGUCUGACAUCGUGAAGAACGCCCUAACUGAAGAAAUCACUAAGUCUAUAGAGAACACUGGAGACCAGUCUUACAAGAUGGCAACCAGUCGCUGUGUGCAGCUGAUGCUAAUCUCCAUGGCCAAUGAUUUGAAGGAAGUUUGGAUCUCUGAUCAACCUAGCUUGUUGGGGGCAUAUGUGUGGCAGUAUAUGCCAACCUGGGGCUUAUGGCUAUUCUGCAAGUUAGGAAAGAAAAGGAUUCAAAACUUUAAAAGUGGUUUGGAGGCGGACUCAUAUCUUAAAAUCUGGAAGAGAAAACGUGACUGAAAGAAGCACCUGGAGUGUGUAAACCAAGGUGAGAAGAAAGGAAUGCGCAGUGCAGUCGCCUUCACUGCAGACAGCAGUGCUGUGUCAUGCUUUUCUUGUUCACACAGCUUUCUAUUCUGUAUGUAAUGAAUAAAAAGUAAAGCUUU